UACAGUCUGCCCCCAUCCGCGGAAAUCCAGUCCCUGCAGAUGAUCUGGUGGAAAUGUUAUGAAGACAGGUUUUAAGCCAAUAAUCAUAUGCGAGCAAGCAUUUCACAGUCUACAAUUAGGUGUGGAUUUAAAGCACACAUUGAAGAGCUGUUGAAUCACCAUCUCUGGAAAAUGGAUCCAGGAUACAUAUUACAUCUCGCUAUUUGAAAUACGUCUCAAUUCAUCUCACUCACUGGCUUUCAUUCUACCAUCAAUAACAUACCAGGCCGACGACGACUGCUAACUAGCUAGCGGGUAUUCCUAGCCACCUAGCUAACAUACUGGUUUCCCCAUUCUUUUCUCAGAUGUCCACAAUGACCACUAAAGUCCUGCAUGCUCCUCCUACACCUAACCCUGCCUCUUCGUGAUUGAACAGCUGCUGACUGACCAGAGAGGUGAUAUAUGUCUGUGUGGCCAUGACUUAAAGACGUCAUCAAUCAAAGAUGGAGAAAAAGAAAAUGUGCCCCCGUCUGCUGGACUACCUGGUGGUGGUCGGAGCCAGGCAGCCCAGCACUGAGACCGGGUCCCAGACCCCCCAGCUCCUUCGUCGCUACCCGCUGGAGGACCACCCGGACUUCCCCCUGUCCCCGGAUGUGGUCUUCUUCUGUCAGCCUGAGGGAUGCCAGAGCAUCCGGCAGCGCCGGGUCAGCCUGCGUGACGACACCUCCUUCGUCUUCGCACUCACUGAUAAAGACUCGGGCAUCACGCGCUACGGCAUCUGCGUCAACUUCUACCGCUCCUUCCAGCGUGGGGGGCACCGCCGUGACAAGGCAGGUAGUGGUGGAACGGCGGCACAGACAGCGGAAGCGACCAGCGAGGGUUCCGAUGGCAGCGGUGGCUGCCCCACUGCCUCCACGUUGCCGACACCUGCCAGUGCCGACACAACCGCCACGUCCACGCCAGGCAUGGAGCCGGGACCGCCCGGUGGUGAGCCAAAUGCCGGCAGGUCCCCUCGGCACAAACGCAGCACUGGCAAAAUGGUCAAUAGGAACCGCGACAGCACGCUGACCUCGCUGUGCAUGAUCAGCCACUACCCCUUCUUCUCCACCUUUAGGGAGUGCCUGUACAUCCUCAAGAGAAUGGUGGACUGCUGCAGUCACAGGUUGACCCAGCGCGUCGGCCUGCCACGCGGAACUCAGAGGGACACCAUGUGGCGCGUGUUCACGGGGGCCCUGUUGGUAGAGGAGAAGGGCAGCCAGCUGCUGGCUGACCUGCGGGAGAUCGAGUCCUGGGUCUACCGCCUCCUGCGCUCUCCGGUGCCCGUGGCGGGCCAACGGCGCGUAGAUGUGGAGGUGCUGCCCCACGAGAUGCAGCCGUCACUCACCUUCGCCCUGCCCGACAACUCUCGCUUCUCCAUGGUGGACUUUCCCCUGCACCUGCCCCUGGAGUUGCUGGGUGUGGAUGCCUGCCUCAUGGUGCUCAGCUGCAUCCUGCUGGAGCACAAGGUGGUCCUCCAGUCGCGGGACUACAAUGCCCUGACCAUGAGUGUCAUGGCGUUUGUAGCCAUGAUCUACCCCCUGGAGUACAUGUUCCCUGUCAUUCCCCUACUGCCCACCUGCAUGGCCUCUGCUGAACAGCUUCUCCUUGCCCCCACCCCUUACAUCAUAGGUGUGCCUGCCAGCUUCUUCCUCUACAAAUCCGAUUUCAAAAUGCCCGACGACAUUUGGCUCGUGGACCUGGACUGUAACAAGGUCAAAGCACCCACCAAUGCAGAGCACCUACCCCCUCUUCCCGAGCCAGAAUCCACAGAACUCAAGAAACACCUGAAACAGGCCCUGGCCAGCAUGAGUCUCAACACCCAACCCAUUCUGAACCUGGAGAAGUUCCAGGAGGGCCAGGAGUUACCCCUGCUCCCCCCCGGCCAGAACAAGGCGUCGCCUUCCUCCACCGAGUUCAACCCCCUCAUCUACGGCAACGACGUGGACUCUGUGGAUGUGGCCACCAGGGUUGCCAUGGUGCGGUUCUUCAACUCCCCCAACGUACUCCAGGGUUUCCAGAUGCACACACGCACGCUGCGCCUUUUUCCGCGGCCUGUGGUAGCUUUCCAGGCCACGUCCUUCCUGGCCUCGCGGCCCCGCCGCUCAGGCUUCGCUGAGAAGCUGUCGCACACCCAGGCCGUGGAGUACUACGGCGAGUGGGCUCUCAACCCCACCAACCUGGCCUUUCAGAGGAUCCACAACAACGUGUAUGACCCAUCUUUGAUCGGAGACAAGGGCAAGUGGUACGCCCACCAGCUGCAGCCGGUGUUCUACCGCGUGUACGACGGCAGCUCCCAGCUGGCCGAGGCCAUGAGCGGACCCCUAGAGGAUGAGGCUAAUGACUCGGACCCCACAGACGACAGCAGCGACAGCGAGGCUGGCUACGACGACUCCAGCUCUUCCUACUCGUCACUUGGAGACUUGGUGAACGAAAUGAUCAAAUGUGACAUCCAAGGGGACACGCCAAACCUGGAUCCCCCUACCCACGCUGCACUGGGAGAUGCCAGCGAAGUGGAGUUCCAGGACUUCCAGGAGUUCAAGGGAGAGGGUCCCCUCCCUCAAGAGAAGGCACUGCCCGAGGGGGGCGAUGGACCUCCUGAACCUCCUGAUGGACAAGCCCUCCGCUCGAGCUCCAGCACAACCGCCAGCUCCAGCCCCAGCACAAUCAUCCAGGGAGUCAACAAUGAGCAGGCAGAACCAGUGGAAAUGGAGGCGUUGGCCAGUGCAGCUCUACAGAACCCUGUCCCGGGAUUGGGCGUUCCGCCCUUCUCCAGACCUCCUCCAGACGCUGCCCCUGUGGGACCAGCCAAUAAGAAGGGAGAGUACGACAACCCCUACUUUGAGCCUCAGUAUGGCUUCCCUGCUGAGGAGGACCCUGAGGCAGAAGACCAAGAGGAGACGUACACGCCCCGGUUCAACCAGAACCUCAACGGCAACAAAGCCCAACGCCUCCUGAGGCCCAGCAGCCUAAAGCUACCCGGAGAGUCAGACGGAGAGGGCGACUCCCGCAACAGUUCUCCAAAUUCCACCAUCUCCAACAACAGCAGCGAUGGCUUUGGGGGCCUCAUGUCCUUUGCUAGUAAUCUGUACAAGAACCACGGCACCAGCUUCAGCCUCUCCAACCUGUCUGUACCCAAUAAGGGGGGGCUGAGGGAGAAGGCAGCUGGGGCUGGGCCCUUCCCCAAUCUCAAAGUAUUUGGACUAAAUUCUCUAAUGGAGAUAAUUACAGAGGCCGGCCCGGGGAGCGGAGAAGGAGGCGCCCGCGGUCCCCCCAGAGCCCUCGUUGACCAGAAGUCGUCGGUCAUUAAGCACAGUCCCACGGUCAAGAGAGAGUCCCCCUCUCCCCAGGGUCGUGCCAACAAUACCAGUGAGAACCAGCAGUUCCUGAAGGAGGUGGUGCAGAGCGUGUUGGAGGGCCAAGGCGUGGGCUGGCUCAACAUGAAGAAGGUGCGCCGCCUGCUGGAGAACGAGCAGCUACGCGUCUUCGUGCUGAGCAAGCUGAACCGGGCCGUCCAGUCAGAGGAGGAUGUCAGGCAGGAGGUCAUCCGUGAUGUGGAGAUUAGCAGGAAGGUGUACAAGGGCAUGUUAGACAUACUGAAGUGCACCGUUUCUAGUCUGGAACACUCGUACACCAAUGCCGGGCUUGGAGGCAUGGCCAGCGUCUUCGUUCUACUGGAAAUAGCACGCACCCACUACCAAACCAAAGUAGACCCAGAGAAGCGCAAGCGGAGCCCCAGUGACUCUGCAAGCAGCCCGGGCAGCAAGGGGAGCCCGUCUCCCCGCAUGGAGGGCACCAAGCCCCCGGGGCUCCUUCCGGUUCCCCGUCUCCAACUGCCGCACCCCACCUCCGGGGGCAAAGGCACCCGCCACUUUGACACCCGGAGUCUGAACGAGGAGAAUUUUAUUGCCUCCAUUGAAUUGUGGAGCAGGCACCAUGAAAAGGAUAAGCAAAAAGCUAUGGAAAAACAACAGAGAGCGGAGGGGGCUAAGAAACAGCACCCUGAGCUGACCGACAUGGAGGAGAAGAAGUCCCAGAUCAGUGCUGACAGUGGCCUCAGCAUCACCUCCGGAUCCCAGAAGAGUGACACAGAGUCUGUGACCAGCACUGAACCGCCAGUCCUUACCCGAAGCACCAGCCAGGACUCAGAGGCCAGCACAGUGAUAAGUAACAGCUCAGGGGAGACGCUGGGAGCUGACAGUGACUUGAGUAGCACCGCUGGAGAGGGCUUGGGUGGCAGGCAAGCCCCCCACCUCAACCUUUCCAGGGGAACACUGUCCGACAGCGAGAUUGAGACCAACCCGGCCACCAGCUCAGUGUUUGGUAAGACCCAAAAGAUGAAGCCUGGUGUGAAGGAGGCGAACGCUAAACUUGUGCCUGUCCUGGCUAAGGGGCCUCCCGCCCAGCCCUUGGAGGACAUAAGCAUGAGGAUUUACCUGUGUGAUGGCCUGCUGGGGCGCGACAAGAGCUCCAUGUGGGACCAGCUGGAGGAUGCUGCCAUGGAAACCUUCUCUCUGAGUAAGGAGCGCUCUACACUGUGGGACCAGGUCCAGUUCUGGGAGGAUGCUUACUUGGAUGCUGUCAUGUUGGAGAGGGAGGGGAUGGGUAUGGACCAGGGACCUCAAGAGAUGAUUGACAGAUACUUGUCACUCGGGGACCACGACCGUAAGCGCCUGGAGGACGACGAGGACAGGCUGCUAGCUACUCUACUGCACAAUAUGAUCGCCUACAUGCUAAUGGUUAAGGUGAGCAAGAAUGACAUCAGGAAGAAGGUGAGGCGUCUGAUGGGGAAGUCCCACAUCGGCCUCAGCCACAGCCAGGAGAUCAAUGAGUGUCUGGACAAACUGGCUAAUUUGAAUGGCCGCGAGCUGUCCAUCAGACCUAGCGGAAGCCGUCACAUCAAGAAGCAAACCUUCGUGGUGCAUGCUGGGACAGACACCACGGGGGACAUCUUCUUCAUGGAGGUGUGUGACGACUGCAUAGUCCUGCGCAGCAACAUCGGCACAGUGUAUGAGCGCUGGUGGUACGAGAAGCUCAUUAACAUGACCUACUGUCCCAAGACCAAGGUGCUGUGUCUGUGGAGACGCAAUGGCCAGGAAACUCAACUCAACAAGUUCUACACCAAGAAGUGUCGUGAAUUGUAUUACUGUGUGAAGGACAGCAUGGAAAGGGCUGCUGCACGACAGCAGAGCAUUAAACCAGGUCCAGAGCUGGGUGGAGAGUUCCCUGUGCAGGACAUGAAGACGGGCGAGGGAGGACUGCUGCAAGUCACCCUGGAAGGCAUCAACCUCAAAUUCAUGCACAGCCAGGUUUUCAUAGAGCUGAAUCACAUUAAAAAGUGCAAUACUGUGAAAGGAGUCUUUGUCCUGGAGGAAUUUGUUCCUGAAACUAAAGAAGUGGUGAUCCACAAGUACAAGACACCCAUGGCACACCAGAUCUGUUACUCCGUCCUCUGCCUUUUCUCCUACGUGGCUGCGGUGAAGGGGAAGGAAGCAGAAGGCAAGUCCAAGCUCCUAUCUCCAAGACCCCUGCCCAGCUAGUCUACGGCCCAUCCAAUCUACACCCCCCCCCCCCCCUCCCACACACACACACACAAAACCCCCUGUGCCUCUCACUCUGCAACAAAGUGGAAUCUCGGUCCUACUAUGACAUUGAGUUCUGACAAUCCUUGACCUACUUAAGCACACACCUCUACUCCUUUUUGCACCCUGUAAGUACAUCUCCAAGAAAUACCCUCUACUCUUUGUGCAUGGCCCUGUAAGUAAAAUCCCGUGUGUGUGUGUGUGUACAUAAACUAAGCAAAAAAAGAAACGUCCUCUCACUGUCAACUGCGUUUAUUUUCAGCAAACUUAACGUGUAAAUAUUUGUAUGAACUUAACAAGAUUCAUCAACUGAGACAUAAACUGAACAAGUUCCACAGACAUUUGAAUAACAGAAGUGGAAGUGUCCCUGCACAAAGGGGGGGUCAAAAUCAAAAGUAACAGUCAGUAUCUGGUGUGGUCCCCAGCUGCAUUAAGUACGGCAGUGCAUCUCCUCCUCAUGGACUGAGCCAGAUUUGCCAGUUCUUGCUGUGAGAUGUUACCCCACUCUUCCACCAAGGCACCUGCAAGUUCCCGGACAUUUCUAGGGGGAAUGGCCCUAGCCCUCACCCUCCGAUCCAAACAGGUCCUAGACGUGCUCAAUGGGAUUGAGAUCCUGGCUCUUCGCUGGCUUUGGCAGAACACUGACAUUCCUGUCCUGCAGGAAAUCACGCACAGAAUGAGCAGUAUGGCUGGUGGCAUUGUCAUGCUGGAGGGUCAUGUCAGGAUAAGCCUGCUGGAAGGGGGUACCACAUGAGGGAGAAGUAUGUCUUCCCUGUAACGCACAGCGUUGAGAUUGCUUGCAAUGACAACAAGCUCAGUCCGAUGAUGCUGUAACACACCGCCCCAGACCAUGACGGACCCUCCAAAUCGAUCCUGCUCCAGAGUACAGGCCUCGGUGUAACGCUCAAUCCUUCGACGAUAAAUGCGAAUCCGACCAUCACCCCUGGUGAGACAAAACCGCGACUCGUCAGUGAAGAGCACUUUUUGCCAGUCCUGUCUGGUCCAGCGACGGUGGGUUUGUGCCCAUAGGCGACGUUGUUGCCGGUGAUGUGUGGUGAGGACCUGCCUUACAACAGGCCUCCAGCCUCUCUCAGCCUAUUGCGGACAGUCUGAGCACUGAUGGAGGGAUUGUGCGUUCCUGGUGUAACUCAGGCAGUUGUUGCCAUGCUGUACCUGUCCCGCAGGUGUGAUGUUCAGAUGUACCGAUCCUGUGUAGGUGUUGUUACACGUGGUCUGCCACUGCAAGGACAAUCAGCUGUGUGUCUUCACUCCCUGUAGCGCUGUCUUAGGCGUCUCACAGUACAGACAUUGCAAUUUAUUGCCCUGGCCACAUCUGCAGUCCUCAUACCUCCUUGCAGCAUGCCUAAGGCACAUUCACUCAGAUAAGCAGAGACCCUGGUCAUCUUUCUUUUGGUGUUUUUCAGAGUCCGUAGAAAGGCCUCUUUCGUGUCCUAAGUUUUCAGAACUGUGACCUUAAUUGCCCACCGUCUGUAGGCUGUUAGUGUCUUAACGACCGUUCCACAGGUUCAUGUUCAUUGUUUAUGGUUCAUUGAACAAGCAUGGGAAACAGUGUUAAACCCUUUACAAUGAAGAUCUGUGAAGUUAUUUGGAUUUUUACGAAUUAUCUUUGAAAGACAGGGUCCUGAAAAAGGGACGUUUCUCUUUUUGCUGAGUUUAUAUAUGCAUGUAUGUAUGUAUAUGUGAACCCUGGUCUGUGGCAUCGUGCGUAAAAUUUCCCAACCCAGGUCACGUCCUCUAGACUCCUCCCAUACAGGCCCAGCCUGAGGCCUUGGCCGUACACAUGCUUGUUCUUCAAGGGGAGACUUGGUCCGUCCGUCCCCCAUCUCUGUCCCCUCUUUGUGACUGACCUCUCGUCCUGGCCUGCUGCCAAGGUCUCAUUGGUUGUUUUUAAUGGGAUGGAGACGGUGAGGGGGAGGGAUAUGUGAGGCACAGCCCUGCAAGUCGAUAAGAAAGCAACCAAACCUCCCUGUCCACUCUGCGACUGUGUGAUGAAUAUUCUAUGUGCUACGUGGUAUUACUGUAAAACUCCAGUCUGUCCCAAGUCCAAACCAGUGAAAUGUUUAAAAAGCACUCUAGUACUGACGGGUGUCACAUUGUUAAAUACUACUACUGUUAAAUACUACUACUGUAUGGUGCAUCAAACACUGCAUGUAAAAGCUUUUUAAAGGUUUCGUUCCUUUUGAUCACAAAAUAUAUUGUGUGGUCCAAGAUGCGCGUAUCUCUUUAGCUUGCCCGGUGAGGCUAAACUACUGUAGUUCUACUGUCAAAUUUCUUGUCUGUGGUCCUCUUUAUUGAAUUGCAUGUUACUAUGGAGACAAAAAUAUUUGAAGAGAAGCAGAAUGCUGUACAUUUCACCAUAAAAUGUUUUACAAUGUGUGGUUUAUUCACUAGAUGUGCAAUACUUUACAUAGUUAGCCAGAGCCAGAUCAUUGUUCUGAUAAAACAUCUCGGCUAUUCUGGCUUUCAAAGUGCAAAGAAUGUUAAAAAAAUAUAUAUAUAUUAAAAGGACUUCCUUGUCUUACAUAUUUAUUGAAGUGAAUAAAUGAUGACCUCUUGUUUAUAAGUGCAAAAUCACUAUUUGGAGAUUCUAAACCUACUGCUGCGCUAUCAAGCCCUGCUGUUAUGGUUUUGUCCGUUAAGUCCUCAUGUUGUGUCAGUACUGUGGUAAGAGAAAUAAAUACAUUCUAGCCCCAUUUCAGCCCAACUGUAAAUCCCACAGUUUGAGUGUGUACAUGCAGUGUAUUGUUUUGCCAGAUCAGCAAUAUAUGAAUAAUACAGCUAUGUGAUCAUGAUAUUGUUUUUAAUGUUUAAGUGGCUUUUAUUUUUUAGAGAGGAAAUGCUUGUGUAAGGAACAUAGUUACAAAUUCCACGAGGCAAUUAUUUAAGGCAUUUCAUUAUUGACAAUAAAAACACUGGUGUAAAUAUGAGGGUCUCAAAACAGUUUGAAGACUAGGUAUAGUUUCUUAGACUAGUUACAUAUGAGAACCUUAAGAAACGGGAGUAUUUGAAACCAACCAACCCUAUUAUUGUGGUAGCUAGCCUGCUGCUGUGGUGAAAGUGAUGGAAUAAUUGAAAUGGGUGUGAAAAAAAGUAUUUAUAGAACAUGUACAGCUUUGGCAAUAUCAAAAUAAAAGUUGUCAAAACUAAA